AUGGCUAGAAACCCUAAUUGGUGGAGUGUGAAUGGCAUGCAUCCACAGUCUCACCAGCUCUCUUCUCCUUCUCCAUUCCUGUAUGCUUCUUCUUCUUCUUCGGCUGCUUCGGAUUCUUCAACUGCGAAUCCCUCUCAAGAAUUUCCCGUACGGUCAUGGAGCCAACUGCUUCUGGGUGGAUUGGCCGGGACUGGAGAAGAAGAAAGGUUUGGUAGUAGUCUUUUUCAACAACAGAAGAAGAUGGAGAAUUGGGAAGACCACGUUUUGAACCCAUCUUUUAGGGUUCCUGUUGCUGAUGUAAAGCAAGAAGUUGCUCAAACAAGCCAACUUUAUGGUCACGUAGAUGAUGAAUUUCAAGCUUCUAGAUCUUCUUGUUGGCCUCAAGUCAUUCCAGUGUCAUCCCCUACCUCUUGUAUCACAAGUGUAAGCAACAAUAUCUUGAAUUUCUCCGGCGCCAAGGUCGACCGCGAUAGGAAUACUCAACAUCCAGAUCAUUCUUCUGAGUGCAACAGCAUGAGCACUGGUGGGGUAUCUAAGAAGCCAAAGGUUCAACAGUCUUCCACUCAACCAGCUUUGAAGGUGAGAAAGGAGAAAUUAGGGGACAGAAUAACAGCUCUUCACCAACUUGUUUCUCCAUUUGGAAAGACUGACACUGCUUCAGUCUUGUCAGAAGCCAUUGGUUAUAUCAAAUUCCUUCAGGGUCAAAUUGAGGCACUGAGUUCGCCGUACAUGCGUAAUGCAUCAAGAAGCAUGGGUCACCAACAAUCUGUUCAAGAAAGGGAUUGUUUAUUUCCAGAAGAGUCUAGUCAGAAUAUCGAAGAUGGACCGAAAGAUUUGAGAAGUAAAGGGUUGUGCUUGGUUCCAGUUUCUUGCACUCAGCUUGUGGGAAGUGACAUUAACGGAGCUGAUUACUGGGCUCCGGCUCUUGGUGGAGGAUUUUGA